AUGGGCAAAUCAUCCAAGGACAAGCGCGACGCUUACUACCGUCUCGCAAAAGAACAAAAUUGGCGCGCCCGCUCCGCUUUCAAACUUAUCCAAAUCGACGAGCAAUUCGACCUAUUCGAGCACGAGAACCCGGACAAUGUCACAAGAGUGGUGGAUCUGUGUGCUGCGCCCGGAAGUUGGAGUCAAGUUUUGAGCCGUGUCUUGAUCAAGGGCGAGAGCUUCGGGCGACGCUCAUGGCUCGAGAAGAAACACCAAGCACAGCAAGAAUUGGCCGACGAGACAACCCACGACGAUAAAAUGGAAAUCGAACCCAGUUCAAGUUCCGAACUGAAGCCUCGCAAAAAUGUCAAGAUCGUCUCAAUCGAUCUGCAGCCUAUGGCCCCUCUCGAAGGCAUUACUACCCUCAAAGCCGAUAUUACCCACCCCUCUACAAUCCCUCUUCUUUUGCGCGCCCUAGACCCCGAAGCAUACGCCCAAGCCUCCGAUUUACAAUCAUCCAUCCCGGAGGCUAUCCGACAACCCCACCCUGUUGAUCUGGUUAUCUCAGAUGGUGCACCCGAUGUAACGGGACUCCACGACCUAGACAUCUAUAUUCAAUCACAACUGCUGUAUGCGGCGCUGAACCUGGCCAUGGGUGUGCUCCGACCAGGUGGUAAAUUUGUCGCCAAGAUUUUCCGUGGCCGUGAUGUGGAUCUACUCUAUGCACAGUUGCGCACUGUGUUCGAGCGUGUCAGUGUCGCCAAGCCGCGCAGUAGUCGCGCAAGCAGCUUGGAAGCCUUUGUUGUUUGCGAAGGCUUCAUUCCUCCUAUUAGCGACAGCGGAGUGGUUGGCAUGGCUGCAUUGAAGAACCCUCUGUUUGGAGGUGCUGUAGCCCCAGUACCUGUAUCCGAAGAUGGCAAUGUUGCCGUCGAGGUUCGCGAGAAGAUUGAUGAACUUGCACAAAACCGAGCUCCUUUGGCGGGAAGCAACUCCUCUGCGCCAAAUCAUACUACAGAAGUCCGCCACCUCCAGACCACAUCUGAAGAUAAUCAACCUACCAAGCUUUCUAACAAGUUCUCUGUCGAGAAUCGAUGGAUCCCCUCAUUUAUUGCGUGUGGAGAUCUGUCUUCUUGGGACUCAGAUGCCUCGUACACGCUGCCGCCGGAUUAUGUUACCUUGGAUCCAGUCCAACCUCCUACUGCACCCCCGUACCGACGGGCAUUGGAGUUGAGGAAGGAAAUGGGCGGCGCAUACGGGAAGACCAAGUUUGGAACUUUGGGGCGGGCUUGA